GCCACCCAUCCAGCCAGCCUCCCUCUUCCCUUCCUUGGGCUGAGUGACGUUUGGAGAAGGCGGCGGCUUGCUUGAUCUCCUCCUCCUCUGCCUCUCGCCGCCGCCCUGAGGUUUCGCCCGCCUUGCUUCCUUCCCCUGCGUGACUCUGAGCGCGUGCAGAGCGCGUCCCCCUACUUUGCGCGCUUGCGGCGUGUGUCACCGCGUUUGGGCCCGGCUUUUAAGCUCCCCCCGUGGCGCAUCGCCCUGUCGUCUCUCAUUGCCUUUUUGUACCAGCCGGAGCCCAGACUUGGACACCUGCUCUUUUGGGUUCACCCUGCAAAAUGGGGCUCUCCCACCUCCUCCCUUGCCUCUCCUUGGUCGCCCUUUUGGUCGCCUUGCCCGGUCCCUCUCGGUCCGAAGUGAUCGCCAAGGAGGAAGCCGGCUUCGGAGACUGCGACGCUUUCUUCUACCAGAAGACCCCUCCGGAAGGAUUCCAGCACUUCCCGAAGGUGGUCAAGAUCUGCCAGAAGUACCACAACCAGCCCCACUUCGCCACCCUCUACAGCACCCAGGACCGCAUCCCGCUCUACUCGGCUUUCCGGUACCAAGAGGCGACCCAAUGCUGCCCAGAAGAGGCCUCUUGGAUGGUGGAGCCCCAGAUUGAUGAUCAUGAAAAUGGCUUAGCGGGGAUGAUGCCUGAAGCCGAGAUUGCUGAUUCGGUGAACAAUUUAGGAACAAACCAGGCCCUGACUUCAGAUUACAUAGACUCCGGCUAUGAGGCUGGUCAGUUAAAUCCCAGCUCCCUCCAGAAGGAUGACCAUCAGUUAGCCACACACUCACUGACCAAUACCUUCCCAGUGAAACCACCUCUUCAGGAUGUUUGGCACUGGGAGAUCGAGAACCUUGUGAGCCAUGGUUUGGCCCCUCACUGUGCAAAUGGGAAGGACCUGUAUCUAAUUUCCGGAGCCGUUCCUUCUUCCCACAAAGUGAACGACAAAGUGGCCAUCCCUGAAUCUUUGUGGUUAGCGGCCUGUUGCGACGAUGGCUCUAACGCCUGGUCAAUGGGAUUUAUUAAAGAGGCAGCUGCUGAAAAACGUUUGGAAGAUCUAAGCGUGGAAGAGCUCGAAAAGAAGCUUCCAGAAGGAACCCGACUGUUUAAGAACAACUGCGCCCAAGACAGACAUGAUCCCAAGAAACUAGAGCCCGUGGCGAAAUCUGUCAAAAAGAUCCAGGGUGAAAAACCAGCCCCACAAUCGAAAAAGUCCUUGCCGAUGCCACACCAAGCCCCAAAAGAGGAGGAGUGUGGCUUUAUGAAGAAGCUGUUUUAUUUCGUUAUUACCCCUAUAUGCAGGCUUCUGACCUUUGCAAUUUACAUGGUGGUCCAAAUAUUGAAAUUUAUCCUUUACAUCUUCACGACUCUUCUGCACAUGGUUAUCACAGGACUGUGCACUUUCCUCAAGUCAAUUGCCACGGUGUUGAUGCACGUUUUCACCAGCCUGAUCCGGGUCCUGGUCAACAUAAUGAACGGCCUUGCCAGGAAUAUCUACCGAGUCCUCAUGGUUGUAUAUAGGAUUGUGUGCGUCCCAUUGAAUCUCCUUGUGGAUAUUCUCUCUUUCCCUUUCUACGUCCUGGGUGCCGUUCCCGCUCUGCUCCACGACAUCGCUGCAGGCGUCAGUGGGCUCUUCAUGUUGCUCAUCAACGGCAUCACAAACUUUGUGAAGUGCCUCAGUUGGCUUGUUACGCACAUAGCCAAAAGUAUUCUUCCUCAUAUGUCCACUUAAUACUUGAAACAAAAAAAGAGUCAACGAUGGCAAUGCACAAUUCCUCUCCUUCCAAAAAAUCCCUGUGAAGCAAUACUUUCCAAAUGCAUUGCUAAUCUCCAGCUUUUCCGAUACGUAUUUAUUGUGGUGCAUUAUCAGUGAUGAACCAAUGUUCUGGUAACAUGGGUGAGCUACAUGAGCCUCAAGGAAAAAAUUAUGACCAAAUAAAAUAUUAAAAAACAAAGAGUUCAGCUUCAGUUGGCUGAUUGAGCCUCCAGUAUCAUGUCAAGCCAGAAAAACACAGUUUCUGAAUUAUGAGGGAAACACAAACUGUUUUGACUAGAAUGUAUGAAAAUGCAUAUAUAGAAUAUAUUAAAAAUAUGUAUAUAGAGUAUUUGAAAAUACAGAUAUAGACUGUAAGAAAAUAUGGUUACUGGCUUUUCAGUGGUGAAAGGAUUUUGGGGUUCUUUGUACUACACAAGGGUUGGAAGGGGCUCCAAGACUUCGACCAGAAUCCUAUUUGGGAAUUACAUCUUCAUAAGCGGACUUACAACGACAUAGAUUAGAAAGGAGCAAUUUUGCAAUAUUCAGUUGAGAGUUGAUGUUGCAUUACUACAUAGCGGACCCAACAAUGUGAUAGUCACGUAAUAGGACAGACAUAUAAUAGUACUGAUGUGCAACAGCAUGUACAUCACAUCAGUCCUGGUGCAAAUUGGAAGCAAUGUACUUCCGUCACUCUUGUAAUGUCCUGUUACACAUGGUCACAAUUCAUAAACAAGGUUUCUUAGCAGCUCUGCUACUAGGAUUCCGGCUAAUUUUUUUUUAGGGUAGAUACACUGUAGAAUUCAUUCAGUUUGACACCACUUUAACUGCCAUGGCUCAGUGCUAUGGAAUCUUGAGAGUGUGGUUUACGUGGUCUGUAGUCUUCUCUGCAAAGAGUGAUGGCAACUCAUUAAAUGACAACUGCUAUAAUUACAUAACAUUGAGCCGCAGCAGUUAAAGUGGUGUCAAACUGCAUUAAUUGUAUUGUGUAGAUGCACCUGUUGUCAAGAAUGAAGGCAAUGUGUUAACUAGUCCUCUUUGUUAAUGAGAGGGGCAUAGCUCCAUAGUAUAGGACUAAUUUUCCAUGUUGAAGAUCCCAGGAUUUAAACCCUGGGGGAACUUAGUGAUGUGGCCUGACAAAAAUAGACAUGUGAUCUCCACGAGUCUGACAAAUGGUCUCUUUUAUUGUAAGGAUUUAAAUGCAGCAUGUCCCCAAAAUGUAUGCACACUUAUGAUUCUGGAAUGGCUUUUUUUGCUAUUUUUUUUUCUCACGUGAAACUUGAAGUGCUUUGAUAAUUGCUGUGCAGGGUCAGCAGUUUGUUUGGUAGGAUGCCUUUGUUCAACCACACCUGUUUUAUUUUGCAUGGCUUUCAAAGCAGCAAAGGAAGAAAUACAGCGUGUUCCAAAAGCCCUGAAUACACCCUUAGUAGAUUUUCAUUCUGGAAUUUUUUACACACACACACACACACACACCCUUAAAAGAAUUAGAAAAUCCAAUACGAGAGAAGUAUUGUAAAAUGACAAGCAAAGUGAGUGGGUUACUGUGAGUUUUCCAGGCCGUAUGGCCAUGUUCCAGAAGCAUUCUCUCCUGACGUUUUACCCACAUCUAUGACAGGCAUCCUCAGAGGUUGUGAGGUCUGUUGGAAACUAGUCAAGUGGGGUUUAUAUAUCUGUGGAAAAUCCAGGGUGAGAGAAAGAACUCUUGUCUGCUGAAUGUUGCAGUUGGCCGGCUUGAUUAGCAUUCAAUAUCCUUACAGCUUCAAAGCCUGGCUGCUUCUGCCUGGGGGAAUCCUUUGUUGGGAGGCCCGGAAAACUCACAGCAACCCAGUGAUUCCGGCCAUGAAAGCCUUUGACAAUACAGUUUAAGUGAGGUUUGCAACUCUGUGUUUCAACAAUGCCAGAAACACACUGCUGUGUGCAGGGGUGACAGUUUGAACCCCUUAUACUGUAAUUUAAGAUGCAAUUUCUAUCUCUGAUUAAAUCCUUAUUGUAACAUUUAUUCUUUUCAUAUAAAUGUAUUUAUUUAACCUUUAAUAAUCACCAUCACUGUUCAAGGGUAUAUACAUUUGGGGGGGGGGGACAAUAUGUAUUUGCACUGUGGAUUAGCCUUUCCUUAUCUCCCAAUAAACAACUGAGGAGAUGCAUUUUGUUAUUGUUUUAUGGAACUAUCAAGUAUUGUCCCAUGUGAAUGUUCACUGGGAAUAAACGCUGGUGUAACACCAUGUCAGAGACUGUGAAUCUUUACCUCUACUUUGAAUUCACUAGGAGGCCUUAGGCAAAAAAAAAAUUCCCAUCUCCCUGCUGCAAUCUCCCUGCUGCCCUACUUCCUAUAGUAAAGAUUUUGAUAAUAUUGACUUAACCUGGCAAAGUUGAAAGGAAUGCAGCUAUGUAAGACAUGUGCUGUGCUUCAAGCACAGAAAAGUGCUUUGCAAACAUAACUACCUUAUGCUGCCUUCUGCAGCAUUAGGGGCUCAAUUUUCAGAAGGUUUGGAUGCUUAUGGACAUUCCUCUGUUAAAAUUCUUUUCAUGUCAAGAGCGACUUGAGAAACCGCAAAUCGCUUCUGGUGUGAGAGAAUUGGCUGUCUGCAAGGAUAUUGCCCAGGGGAUGCCCAGAUGUUUUCUUUUGAUGUUUUACCAUCCUUGUGGGAGGCUUCUCUCAUUUUCUCACAUGGAGCUGGAGCUGACAGAGGGAGCUCAUCCAUGCUCCGUAUUACUCCCCUCCGAACAUCUAUCCUCUAGAUUACCCCUUCCAAAUGUCCCUGCCCAUAGUGGAGUACUCCUCUGUCCCUCUCACUCCGGGUUUUAUCUCUGUGUUCACGCGGCCUGCCCUUGCUUUAUUGUUUUUUUGAUUUCUUGAUGUUCUGUUUAUUAUUAUUUAUUGUAUUUUAAAUGGUGUUAUGAUAUGUUGUUUCUAUAUUUUAUUAUGUUGUAUUGCUCUGGGCAUGGCCCCAUGUUAGCCGCCCCGAGUCCCCAUUGGGGAGAUGGUGGCGGGGUAUAAAUAAAGUUUUAUUAUUAUUAUUAUUAUUAUUAUUAUUAUUAUUAUUAUUAUGCUCUCUCCGGGUUGGAUUCGAACCGGCAACCUUCAGGUCAGCAACCCAAUUUUCAAGUCAUUAGUCUGUACAAGGCUUUAACUCAUUGCACUACCGGGAGCUCCAGGUGGCGCAAUGGGUUAAACCCUUGUGUUGACUGGACUGCUGACCUGAAGGUUGGUUGCUGACCUGAAAGUUGCUGGUUCAAAUCCAUGAGACGGGGUGAGCUCCUGUCUGUCAGCUCCAGCUUGCAGGGACAUGAGAGAAGACUCCCAGCAGGGUGGUACCCUGGGCAACUUCUCCGUAGACGGCCAAUUCUCUCACACAGGAAGCAACUUGCAGUAUGUUCUCAAGUCGCUUCUGACAUGAUAAAAACGUGUAUGUAUUUUUAAGUCCAAGGAAAUGUGUUCCAAAUCUGCCUCUACUUACUGAAGGGAUGAUAACAACUCAGGAUAUUUUUCAUUGAAAUUUAGUUAUCUGCUCUAGAUUUGUGUGGAACAUUUUUACACCUCAGAUGACACCAUCCAGGCAAAAGGAGGAGAUUGACAAGACUUAAGGGAACCCUACUUUGCAGAACUACAAAAAAAUAAAUAGAAAGUUGAAGGUGUGGUGCAUCCAAAACCAGCCCCAAUCAGGUGAAAAGGGGAAUGGAAUAGGAUAGUGAUUCUCAACCUGUGGGUCCCCAGGUGUUUUGGCCUACAACCCCUAGAAAUCCCAGCCAGUUAACCAGUUGUUAGGAUUUCUGGGAGUUGAAGGCCAAAACAUUUGGGAACCCACAGGUUGAGAACCACUGCAAUGGAGUAUCCUAAAAAGGGCAUGGUUAACUGACUAGAUGAUUUGCGGUGGUGCAAUGAGCUAAACCCUUGUGGUAGCUGAGCUGCUGACCUGAAGGUUGCUGGUUCAAAUCCAUGAGAUGGAGUGAGCUCCCGUCUGUCAGCUCUAGCUUGCAAGGACAUGAAAGAAGCUUCCCAGCCAACACAUCUGGGCGUCCCCUGGGCAACAUCUUUGUAGUUGGCCAAUUCUCUCACACCAGAAGCAACUUCACUUCAUUUCACUUUAUUUCUUAAUUAGUCGCUCUCCACCAGAGUGCUCCAAGUGACUUACAAUUUAAAAUAUCAUUCCACAAUAUAAAAAACAUUCAAAGUAAAAACAUUCAGUAUGUUCUCAAGUUGCUUCUGACACGAUAAAAAAAAUUGAUUAGAAAAGUGAAAAGGAGUUGCCUAAUGCUGCAAAAAGGUUGCAGGUCCUGCUUUUCGAGCUUUGUUUUGGUUCUUUGCUUUGCUGCUGCUUUUCUUGCUGUUGUAUUAUAUCUUUGUUUAACAAUUUGUAUUUAUUCAUCUUUAUUUAUUCAUUUUAAGUGACGACUCUGAAAUAUUUUAUAACGUGAAGAGCGGCUUAGAAAUAUACCAUAUAAGAGAAUAAAUCAUUUUCAAAUCAUGA